AUGGUUAUUCGUGAGUACAGGAUGAACCCCUCGAGGCAAUCAAAUCCCAGUGGCACCAAUAGAGGUAAUGGUCUGAGCAAUAGUAAUACUGAUAGCAAUUUUGCUCUUGUUGCUAAUACAGGUGUGGCGAUUGGAGGGAUAUCACGUGGUGUUCUCCCGUCUAUGGACGUGGAGCAGUUUCAAAUGUUUCUGCGGGAUGUUGCCCUACGCGGUGAUAUUGCAUUCCCCGACAUUCCCCAACACCAACACGAAUCCUUCUUCGCAAUGGCGGCCACAUGCAGUCAGGCAUGCCGUGUGGUUGUGGAUCCCAACGGCACACUACACCUGCGCAGCGGCCCCGCCAAUCCAUACUUGCGAGAACAAAUCGCCCGAGAACUCCACCGACUGCACAUGGAAGGCGUGAAAACAUCACGGGAUGAUCCACCUAUAUUGGAGUGGGGCUUUAUAGAUCGCACUGUACACCGCGAGGUGGUGACAUUACUGCAGCUUCUUGCAUUCGAUAUGGGCAUAUUUAUUGGACAGCCGUUAUUUGAUGGAACAUAUUUGUAUCGAAUUGAAGUUGCCCUACAUUAUUUCCCACGAUGGGAAGAGGAGAGGCGGAAACUCAUUGACCCCGCUUUACAGGGAGAUGCAGAUCCUUUUCCAAUUCCCUUGACAACACUGCGAAAUCCACGAGUUAUGGAUGUAUACCGACGAGAAAUACGUCCAUUUCUUUAUGAAAGAAAUUGUAAGGUAACGCGGUGUUUGGUAAAUAUUUUACGAGACUCAGGUGGAAAGAUACCGGGAGAUGCACGUACAUUGGGCUCUUCUUUUUCCCUACGACAUGAAGUAAAUGUAAAUGGACAGGUAUUCUUUAGACGAUGGACACGACAUCUGGUACAGGUAUUUCUUAAGUAUGCAGAAGAGCUUAAACGGCAAGACCGAAGGGGUGUUGAAGCUAUAAUGAAGUCUUAUGGUAACGAUAUUGACCCUGUAGACGCAGAGGUUAUGACACCUCACUUUGGUUUUUUCAACUAUUGUCUGGAGGAACGAUACUUUCGCAAAGACAUGGCGGAGUUGGAGGACCUCUCGCGUCGCGCAGGAUACUUUGUGCGUGUAUCCAUUGAGGAUAAUUUUGCUGUAGUUGCGGCAACAGCAAGACAGAAUCCGGAGCUGAGUGAUGAAUAUAAAACUGUAUUUUCAGGGUACGCUGGGGCAGGAGAAAAUAAGGUUGCCAGAGUUGCGUACAGUAGAGAUACUCAACAACAACAACAACAACAACAAUAUCAUCAUCACAGGGAGCCGCAGAAAUUGCAAAUACAAGAAGGAAUACAUGCACAACAUCGUUAUAUCAAUGAAGGAAUACUACAAGCUGGUCCUGGUAGAAGCUACAGCAGAAGCGACAGUAGUGGUAGUGACAGUGGUAGUAGUGGCAGUAGUGAUAACGCUAGCGACAGCAGUGACAAUAGUCAAAGAGGAAGAAGAAUGGGAAGCGGAAUAAAGGAAUUAGAUGAAAAUGAUAUACGUGUUAUAAGGGUUAUACAAGCAGAAGAAGGGAGGACUACUCUUCCCACCCUUAAUGUUUCUGGUUUCGCGGUAGAGCCCAGGAGAGAGUCGCCAAGAGUCUAUUCUCUUGCCGCAAGUACUCUUUACGACACGAUUGUGGGGAGGUUGCAACGCACUCUUCCUCCUGGAUGGAAUGUGCGUUGUGGUCCUGGAGGAGGCCGAUAUUUCCUUGAUCAUAUUAGAGGAAGGGCCUAUCCUAGAGAUUCUUCUGCAGUCUCAAUGGAGUGGGCAGCAAAUCAACGGGAGUUGUAUAACGUAGCAGAUUCUAUGCAGUAA